ACCGGAAGUGAGAUUCUUGCUGGGAGUUGUUCAGGCAGUGAUUAGGUUUCGUGGAGUUGACUAUCCCUAACUAGGCAUUUACCUAGAGUAAUAACAAUGGAGGUAUUCUAAUAAAUACAAAAUACAUAAACAAACCAUUUGUUAGCUGAAUAUAGCGGGGAUGCGUUAUCAAAAUGGGAAACAUUUUCAGCAAGAAGAAACGCAGUCCGACUCGGGUGACGGAGCAGGACAGGGCGGUUCUGCAACUGAAGCAGCAGAGAGAUAAACUGAAACAGUACCAGAGGAGAGUCACUUUGCAGCUGGAUAAAGAAAGGCUACUGGCCAAACAGUUGCUGAAAGAUGGCAAGAAAGAGAAAGCCCUCCUGUUGCUUAAAAAGAAGCGAUACCAAGAUCAACUCCUGGAUAAGACAGAAAAACAGAUAAGCAACCUUGAACGAAUGGUUCAAGACCUCGAGUUUGCCCAGAUUGAGAUGAAAGUCAUAGAGGGUCUCAAAAUUGGCAACGAUUGUCUUAAGAAAAUGCACGAGGUCAUGUCUAUCGAAGAAGUAGAGCGAAUUAUGGAUGAAACCCAAGAUGCUAUCGAGUAUCAACAGCAAAUCGAUGAGCUGCUGGCAGGUUCUCUCAGCCAGGAGGACGAAGACGCCGUGCUGGCAGAGCUGGAGCUCAUCACUCAGGGUGACGUCGUACUCCCCGAGGUUCCGGAAGAUUCUUUGCCCAAGGUCCCCGAGGCAGCAGAAAAGGAGCCAGAGAGGGAACAGCCAAGGAAGAAGCCUGAAAGAGAGCUUCUGGCUGCCUAGACACAUCCUCCUUCUGUCCUACGAGGCACCACAUCACCCCUUUCUCCCACACAGACUGCUGCUGGAGGUCUCUCCCCACACAGGAGGACCGGGCCACUGGCCCCCUUCCUGGUGCCUCACCUCUCCCCAGAGCAGCCUCUCGAUGGGCCAGGCUUGUUCUCACAUGGCCACUGCAGGCUCCAUGGUUUUUAAUGUCAACGCCCAUCAUGAAGAGUGAUUUAAGACUCUUGUGCCUAUGAGGCCCUCAACUUUAUCAUCCAUGUUUCGUGUUUCAUACAAUUGUGACGGGCCAAUUCAAAUCGAUUAACGUUUUUUUACUGAGAUUUGCAUAUGUCCAUAUGUUACCUCAUUUCAAGCACAGUUGAAGGUCAAGCUGUCUUUGGAAAGAAGAAGAACUUGUAACGCAAAAAUUAUUCAAAGUAUCGGGCAGAAUUUUCAAAGAUAAAUUCCUUUCCCUGUCCCAUGGCUGUGCUGCAAGCCUUGAGCUGUUUGCUUAUUGAUCCAUAUAGCUGUAUAUUCUCUAUUUUUACCUCUUCUUGUUCAGAAGCUUAACCAAUCUAAUGCUCCGCUCCCCUUGUGGGGGAUUAGUCUGUGUCAUUGGAGAAAGGGCUAAUCGUAUUGUCAGUGGGCUUAACUCAGUACCCCAGACAGAAGUUGUUUAUUGGAUGCUAACAUUGACCAUGAGCUCCAUAUAGAGAAGCAGCCUGCCAGAGUCCUACAUCCUAACCACAAGUGAGUACUAUUGAAUGAUACUUUUUAAUGUGUGGAUCCAGUGCCAUGGGUUAUAUUGCUGGUUUAGUUCUGUUUCCAAAGCGUGUCAGAUUCUUAGGGAAGGCCUUGUCUGUGAUUCGUACCAAGAGUGUGGAACGCCAGGGUUGUGGGUCAUGUUGCAUCACUCGCUGAUCACUCCCAGUAUUACUAGAACACUCCUCUAUGUGGACAUCACGGUAUCUGCGUCAGGACACUGAUGAGCCUGUUUAUAAUGUCAGGUUGUGGACAUCAUUUCACAGGUAUGCCUCUGUUAAGCCAGUGGCCUGUCAAUCUCUCUGUUGUUGUUCUACAACAAUAAACUAUUUUUAAUUGUU